CCAUUUCGUGGACGCCGGGUAGGGGAAAGCAUCUGUGGGAGCCGGGCGGAGGAGCGAGGAAGAGCCGUCGGAAGGUGUGCGAAUUUAAGCCGCUGAGUCCCUAAUUCAAGAUCUCGAAAUGCAUCGUGAUUCCUGUCCAUUGGAUUGUAAGGUUUAUGUAGGUAAUCUUGGAAACAACGGUAACAAGACUGAAUUGGAACGAGCUUUUGGCUAUUAUGGACCACUCCGAAGUGUGUGGGUUGCUAGAAACCCUCCCGGCUUUGCUUUUGUUGAAUUUGAAGAUCCCCGAGAUGCAGCCGAUGCUGUUCGAGAGCUAGAUGGGAGAACACUAUGUGGCUGCCGAGUAAGAGUGGAACUGUCGAAUGGUGAAAAGAGAAGUCGAAAUCGUGGCCCACCUCCCUCUUGGGGUCGCCGCCCUAGAGAUGAUUACCGGAGAAGGAGUCCUCCACCUCGUCGCAGAUCUCCAAGACGGAGAAGCUUCUCCCGCAGCCGGAGCAGGUCCCUUUCUAGGGAUAGGAGAAGAGAGAGAUCACUGUCUCGGGAAAGAAAUCACAAGCCGUCCCGAUCUUUCUCUAGGUCUCGUAGCCGAUCUAGGUCAAAUGAAAGGAAAUAGACCAGUUUUCAAGAGGAGUGGUGUACAGGAAAUAACUUCAUUUGACAGGAGUAUGUACAGAAAAUUCAAGUUUUGUUUGAGACUUCAUAAGCUUGGUGCAUUUUUAAGAUGUUUUAGCUGUUCACCUUUGUCUUGGAACAGUGACAUGAAGAUGUAAUUCUCUAUGGUUUGAAAUGGAUCAUAUGAGGCAAUGUAAUACCAAUAAUUGUUACUUUACAAUGUUCCCUUAAGCAAAAUUGGUUUUGCUUUGAACUUGAGUCUUGCAUAGACUGAUAAUAAAUCUCUUAACUUCUCCCAGCUAAAGUGUGAUGUUUAGUAUUAUGGAAACUAAACUGACAAAAAUUGAACUUAAGACUUUCCAUAGCUGGGAUAUAACAUGCAGCUGUAGUUGAACAAGCAGCCUUCGAAAGCUGCUGUGAACACAAACCAGCAGGUAAAAAUUAAAGCUGCACCCUUAAACUAGAUUAGAGAUUAAAAAAAAAAAAAAUCCAGCUAGUCUUUACACUGGGCAGAAGUUGUCCAGUUAGUGUAGAAUCUAAGAAGUUUCCAGAAAGUUAGUUUACCUUUCUUUGCUUUAGGUCAUAAAUUUCUUACGUGAUUGCUGUAUAUGAAUACAUAGCUCUUUGUGACAUUAUUCAUUUGGAAAUUUGAGACUUCAAGAUACCAGUGUCCUGCCAGUUUAAGGGUACAUUGUAGAGCUGAACUUUGAGUUACUGUGCAAAAGUUUUUUUUCAUGCUGUCAUUUGUAAUAUGUUUUGUGAGAAUCCUUGGGAUUAAAGUUUUGGUUACAAAUUGUUGUUUAACAUGAAAGCCUGUUUUUCCUUGCAAAACUAAAAUCUGUGAGCUUGGUAUCAAGUUCAGGUGUAACAUUCCUAUUGGAAGCCAUACUUAUAUUUUCUUGUAAAGUGCUUUUGAAUUAAUAAAAUAAUAGCGUAACUGUAAUAGUCAGACCCACUAUUACCAUAGUUCUUGUCCCAUGGAAAGUAGUUGGUUACACAAAUCUUACAAAAAACAAAAUUGAGGCUUUUAAAGUGAAGGGAAUUUCUGGUUGUCACCUAAGUGAUCGUUAGUUCUUACUACUUUGGGGGGACUGUGUGUGUGUAUGUGUGUGUGUGUGUGUGUUUGUUUUUUUAAGGUAGCCAGUUCAAAGUCCAUGAUACUCAGUGACCAAUAUUUUCAAGUUUAGCAACCUAGUACAUUAUAACCCAAAGUUGCCCAUUAAAAGGCUUUUAGCAUUAGCAUGAGAACUUUCCACAAAGCUUUAAAAAUUGCUUCCAUUUUAUAUAAUUUGAGGUGUUGCAUGGGAAUUCUAAACUGAUCCAUUAUGUAAAACUCACUAUAUGGUUCAAAUGUAACAGUGCAGACUUGAAUAUGGAGGCAUGCAUAACCUUCCUCUUAGAAAUCCAUAGGAGCUGUAAUUUCAAAAUUUUGUGCAAUUAGAUUAAAUCAUAAUACAACAGUCUUGUGGCUUAGUUUCCUUAAAUGUGCUAUUUUAUUAUAGCUUUGGAUUAUUGUGAUUUUAAUAUGGAAAAAAGUCCCUGCAUUGAGUUGAAUCUAUAAGGAUAUUUUGUAAGAUGUAGGUCUUAAACAGAUUUCUUCCUUUCGUCCUUUACCUGUCAUGCAAAGGGGUCAACGAGAUGAGAGUCAUUGGUGUCAGAAGGGAGAAUUGGUAAUCAAUGAACUUCAGUGUGAGCCUUGCUACAGAAGAUUUAAGGUUACCUGUUGAUUUGCUGGAAGCUCUGGUUUUGGGCUUUUGUCUUUCGGGGGUUUCUCAAAGCCUAAACACUGUUAGGAACAAGGCAGGGUAGCUGAAAAUUCAUGGAAGUAAUAAGGGUAUGUCAACAAUUAAACUGAUGUUAUAAAUGGACAUUUACAUGGACCUUUUUGGGCAGUACAACAACUUUCAGAGUCUUAAGUUAGAAAAACUUAUAAAGAAGAUAAUUAUUGGUUAUAAUGUGGCUAACGUAGAGGCUGAGAUGAAGUCAGUCUCGGACUUACUGGGGUUGGUGGGUUGGGCAGUUUGAAAUAUACAAUCAUUUUGCACAAAUAUGUAUGGCUUGCAAAGAAUACGAAAGAAAAACUAUUGUACAUUUAGGUUGUGGCUAUAUUAAAAGUUCUGAGGUUACUAUAAAA